UUUUCACCAGAGACUUCCGUUUCCGUUUCGCCGCUGGAAAACGUUUAGCGUACACCGUGGGUGUAGAGAAGUCUAGAAACAUUUCAGAAUAUUUUGUAGCCUUAAAUAACUAGCGGGUUAUCUUUAUCAACGUAAUUUGGUGUGGCGGACGAAAAAACGGGAAUUAAAUAGUAACGAAGAAACUUUAUGCCGCUGUAAAACAGCUGAAUAAAGUGAGAGAUUUUCCCCUAGCAUGUCUCUGCCCAAGCGUGAGGUUGAUGAGCUGAGGCCAUGGGUGGAACGUACAGUAAAGAAGAUCCUUGGUUUUUCUGAACCCACUGUGGUCACAGCAGCGUUACAUUGUGUAGGAAAAGGCCUGGACAAAAGAAAAACCACAGACCAGCUAAGACCGUUUCUUGAUGAUUCAGCAAGCAGCUUUGUUGAGCGUCUGUUUGAAGCUCUUGAGGAAAGUAGAAACUCCCGUGGCAAUAAAGGAGCAGGAGAGAAGAACCGCAAAAGAGGGCUGAAGGAAGUGUUUGGAGAUGAGGUGGAAGGAGUGAAGGAUGGAGACAGUGUGGAAUCUGCGGUAAAGAAGAAGAGGGUACCUCGCUUUGAGGAGGUGGAGGAACCACCUGUUUUACCUGGACCCCCUACAGAGAGUCCUGGCAUGCUCACCAAAAUGCAGAUCAAGCAAAUGAUGGAAGCAGCCACGCGGCAGAUUGAGGAGAGAAAGAAACAGCUAAGUUUUGUGGCUCCUGUCCCUGUCGUGCAGGUAAAAAAAAAAAAACAAUACCAAGAACUUUGCAAUUCCAAUUCACUUUCAGAAGCAGCUGAGCUGCAGGCCAAGAUCCAGUCCACACUGGCUAUGAAACCCGGAAUUCUGGGUGCUUUGGGAAACACAGGGCCACAUAACCUGGUAGCCCUGGCUAACCUGCACGCCAUGGGCAUUGCACCACCUAAAGUGGAACCACGUGAGGUCACAAAGCCAACACCCCUCAUUUUGGAUGAGCUUGGACGAACUGUUGAUGCCAGUGGGAAAGAAGUUGAACUCACACAUCGUAUGCCCACUCUAAAAGCCAACAUCAGAGCAGUGAAGAGGGAACAGUUUCGGCAGCAGUUAAAGGAAAAGCCCAGUGAUGACCUAGAAUCCACGUCUUACUUUGACACACGUGUGGCCAUCAACUCUGCACAGAGAGCCAAGAGAGGGUUUAGGUUCCAUGAGCAGGGACGCUUUGAGAAGAUCGCCCAGCGCAUACGCACAAAGGCUCAGUUGGAGAAACUACAGAUGGAGAUUGCUCAGGCUGCCAAGAAGACAGGCAUACAGGCUUCCACUAAACUGGCUCUUAUUGCCCCCAAGAAGGAAUUGGGAGAGGGGGAGAUUCCUCAGAUAGAGUGGUGGGACUCCUACAUUCUGCCUUUCCACAUAGACCUAUCUGCACAUACAAAUUUUGAUGAGGUGGAAAUGCAUGGAGUCACCAACCUAGUUGAACACCCAAUUCAGAUGGCCCCUCUAGUGGAUACAGAUAAGCCAGUGACUCUGGGUGUAUAUCUGACCAAGAAGGAGCAGAAGAAGUUGAGGAGACAAACUCGCAGAGAAGCCCAGAAAGAGUUGCAGGAAAAGGUCCGAUUGGGUCUUAUGCCCCCACCUGAACCUAAAGUGCGGAUCUCUAAUUUGAUGAGGGUUUUGGGGACGGAAGCUGUGCAAGACCCCACCAAAGUGGAGGCUCAUGUUAGAGCACAAAUGGCAAAGAGGCAGAAAGCCCAUGAGGAGGCAAAUGCAGCACGCAAACUUACAGCAGAACAAAGGAAAGAGAAGAAGGUGAAGAAACUUAAGGAGGAUUUGAGUCAUGGGGUUCACAUUGCUGUUUACAGAAUCCGAAAUCUGCAUAAUCCAGCCAAGAAGUUUAAGGUGGAGGCCAAUGCAAACCAACUGUACCUCACUGGCACCGUGGUACUUCACAGAGAUGUCAACAUUGUAGUAGUGGAGGGAGGCCCCAAAGCACAGAAGAAAUUUAAACGACUGAUGUUGAAUAGAAUCAAAUGGGAUGAGCCGAAUUCCAAGAGAGAUGAGCCUCAAGAUUCAGAUGAUGAGGGUUCCAGGAAGAAUAAUAAAUGCACACUGGUUUGGGAGGGUACAGCCAAGGAACGUAGUUAUGGGGAGGUUAAGUUUAAACAGUGUCCAACAGAAAGUAUGGCUAGGGAACAUUUUAAGAAGCAUGGCACUGAGCACUACUGGGACUUGGCUCUGAGUCAGAGUGUUCUGGAGACAACUGAUGACUGAGAAAUAGACGGAGCUCAACAGAAGAAUAACAA